CAUGAGCGACAAGGAAUUUCAAGAAAUUAUAAAACAAACCAGAAACGCAAUGAAAAAUGCAGCAACCUUUGAAAAAGACUUGAUUAACAAAAAUAUCAAAGAGUUGCAAGAAGCAUGGAGAAAGGGUAGUAAAUCUGAAGUUUCGGUAUUUGCUCUGGAAAUAAAAAGUACUAUUGAAAGUAAAUUUGGCAGUACUUACACGGACCUUACUAGGAAGUUGAAGGCGUUGCAUAAAAAAGUACCAGAUGUGAGACCUCCUCCGCCCAAAUCAUCGAGAUCUGAAGACAAACUAACGCCAGUGGUAUCAAAGUCGGAAAUUCACUCGCGUAAAGGAAAAUCCACGGAAAAAAGGCAAGUAUGCUUUAGAAUUAAAAUGUAUUAA